AUGGCCACAAAGGGGGAGAACGAGUCCUCGGCGGCAUAUAUCGAAGCGCUCGACGACAGCACGAACACAUCUGAUCAAGACGACCGCUUCUCCAGCAAUGACGCCAACGAGCAAAUCGUCCGUCAUUUACAGACCACCGGCGAAGAUGUGGGCUUGACUUUUCGCACAUUGAUGGCCGCUGUAUCAAUGGCUAUGUGCUACAACGCCUAUUUAUUCACUCUCCUCAUCCCGCCAGCCAUCCUUACGUACAUCAAUGCCGAACUUGGUCCAGAUCCCAGAUAUACAUGGAUUACGAUAUCAUGGAACCUCGGCGGCGCCAUGUUCGUCACCGUCGGUGGAAGACUCUCCGAUAUAUUCGGUCGACGAUGGUUUUUCAUUGCGGGAGCUGUGAUUCUUAUCAUUGGCAGCAUUGUUUCGGCAACGGGACAAAGCAUCAACCAAAUGAUCGCCGGUGGUGCUUUGUUCGGCUGCGGUUCCGGAUUCCUGGAGAUGGCAUUUGGUGCGGUCCAAGAGAUUGUACCGAGCAAAUAUCGACAUGUUACCAUCGGGUUAUUCGACGCUGCUUCGAUCAUAUCACAAAUCAUGCCGUUAGUCAGCUGGGUCAUCAUCAAGCAGACGGGUAAUUGGCGCAUCUGCUACUACGUCAUGAUAGGUUUCCAGACCAUCAAUCUUGCCCUACUCGUUUUCUUCUACCAUCCGCCGUCAUGGAAAGAGAAGAGGGCUGAACACGGAAAGUCGGCUGGACAGCUUUUGCGAGAGUUUGACUGGUUGGGAUUGUUUCUGUUCCUGGCUGGCUGUACCUUAUUUAUCGUUGGCGUUAGCUGGGGGGGAACAAUGGCUCCGUGGGUUUCUGCGACGGUUCUCGCACCCAUCAUCAUUGGACUGGUGACGUUGAUCGGAUUGGGAUUCUAUGAAGCCUACCAUACCCAAGCCGCGCCCUUGUUUCCGCCACGUCUAUUCAGAGCCCUCCGUCACUUUACUGUUCCAAUGCUCGUCAUGGCCAUAGGCGGAAUGCAAUACUACUCCAACGCAACGCUCUGGCCUCGCCUUUCCCAGCUCAUCUACGCUAGCGACGAAAUCUCCAAAGGCCUGUACGCUGAGGUCCUACCUUUAGGAACCAUCAUCGGCGGCAUCAUUGUAGCUUUCAGCAAGAUUAUCGGUCAUCAGCGUUGGGUCAUCAUGUUCGCCGUCGCUUUACAAACAGCCUGUGUAGGCGCCAUGUCCACCUCCACAAUGGACAAUCCCGCCAAGUCAAUCGUCCUGACAGUCAUCAUUUCGACAUGUACCUCUGUCAAUCUUCUCAACGGCAUGGUCCUGGUAGGUUUCGGUAUUGUGUAUCAAGAAGACAUCGGCACUGCUGCAGGUCUGGCAGGAACUUCUCGUCUCCUCGCUGGCGCGGUGGCCACUGCCAUCUUCGGGAAUGUCACGAAUAACAAAUAUGCGGAUGCUCUACCUGAACGCGUUCGUGCUAAUCUCGCUUCGUUUGAUCUUCCGGCGGACGUCAUCACCAAAUUGAUUGUCGCUGCGAAGGCGAACACUGCGGCUGGGUACGCGACUAUUCCUGGUAUCACCCCUGCUAUUCGUGCUGCCGCGAGCUUAGGAAACAAGCAAGCGUAUCUUGAGGGUGCACACUUGUCGUAUCUGGUAGCACUGGCGUUUGGACUACUGGGUGUGGUGGCCGCGUUCUUCAUUCCGUCCGUGGAUAAGAGGAAAUACACCAACAAGACUGUUGCGGUGCAGAAACAAGAUAAAAGGGUUUUGCAGGAGAAGAAGAUUGCAGAAACUGGAGGUCCAUGA